AAAAAGUAAAGUGAGCUGGAAAGAAGCAGAGAGAUCCCUGAAGUAAACCCUGUUUCCCUUCAAAGUAUCUCCACUAUCUCUCAUCCUCUUCCACUCUGACACUCAACUUCCACACUUUUAUCUUUCUUUACUCAGGUAGAAGAAAAGCAAAAAACCAAUUUUCUUGUUCUUGAUUUUGCGAUGGAAGUUCCACGCCGCUCUUUGGCUGCUUCUCUCUCUCCUCUCCGCCUCAUCGAUGGUCUCCCUCGUCGGAGGAGUUUUAAUUAUAACCAGAUGCCAGAGGAGCCCAUCAAACUCACUGUUCUCAAACUUGAUGGAUCUUCCUUUGGUAUUAAAGUGUUGAAGACAGCUACUGUUGGCGAGCUCAAGAUGGCUGUAGAAGCUGCGUUUUCUCACUUGCCCAUCACUGGCGUUGGCAAAGUCUCUUGGCCGCAUGUUUGGGCACAGUUCUGCUUAUACUAUGGAGAUCACAGAUUGAUUAACGAGGCUGAUUACCUCAUUGAGUUCGGUAUCAAAGACGGAGAUCAGCUUAGGUUCAUUCGCCAUAUAUCAAACUACUGCACCAUGAUGGUAAACCAUAAGAGCAAGACACCACAUGUUUCUUCUUUGAAACAACAACUCAAACUACCAUCUAGGUUCUCUCUCAAACCCGAAACCUGGAAAAAGAAAGGAACACAAGGACAAGAAGACGGUGUUGACUCAGCCACCAAGACACAACCAAGCUUCCUAUCGACUGUAUUGGGAGGUUGGCUCUCUUACAAGUCAACACCAAGUCGGACUAAACACAGAAACGUGACUGCUUCUACUUCGAGUCACCUCAGAGCUUUUAACAACCUCAUCGCAAGGUUUCGUUUCAAGUGUUACUCGGAGAAAGAUGUCUGGAACAGGAAAAAGCUCAUCUCUGAAACCAUGAAAUAAUACUCAUUACUAUCUGUCUGCUUCUGAUUUGGUUCUUGUAGAGAUUUUGAUUUCCCAAUCUUCAUGUUUAUAUGUAAGAAACAAAUGAUAAGACAAGUCUGUGGCUUUAUAAAGAUGGAUGUUAUAUG